UUGAACAAUUCAAUAUUGUAAAAAAAAGUUUGUAUUAUAAUUAUUGUUUUACGAUUAAUCGAUCGAAAUAUUUUUAUACAAUGGCGUUAAGAAGAAUAUUCAAGACCCUGCAGGUAUCGGCGAACAGUGGUAUCCAGAAGAAAUUCUGUCACACAUCUCCGGCCGUGUUUGGAGCAAAAAAAAUGGUUACGAGCAAUUUAGGAAAUAGGAAUAGUUGUUUAACUAAAAGUCUUAAUGGAAGCUGUACCAACUCAAGGUAUGAGGAUAUGGCAAGAUGUGCCUCUAGAGCCAAGGAAGCCUUAGAUCGUGGAUUUAAAUUCAGGAUUCCGUUUAAUGUUACUCCUGGAUCGAAACAAAUUAGAGCAACGAUUAAAAUAGAUGAAAUGGCACAAACAUUGAGAGAAUUUGGCGGUACUGUAUUAGCUAAUGCAUGUGGUCAAUUGGACCGCAAUGAUGUUAAAAAAGGUGAAAAAAAUACCAUUCUAAAUUCACACAACAGAAAAGAAGUGGCUAUGAGCAAGUUCGACACCAAGCCCUUACCAUACGAAAUCUUAGAAAAGCGUUUAAAAAUUGUUGCUGAUAGAUUAGGAAGGCCAUUGACCUUAACGGAAAAAAUAUUAUAUUCACACUUGGACGAUCCAGUGGGGCAAAGUAUUGAGCGUGGUGUGUCAUACCUCAAGUUGAGGCCUGAUCGUGUGGCAAUGCAGGAUGCCACUGCUCAAAUGGCUAUGUUGCAGUUUAUAUCCUCAGGUUUGCCAAAGGUUGCCGUUCCAUCCACUAUUCAUUGUGAUCACUUAAUUGAAGCUCAAGUAGGUGGAGUUGAGGACUUGAAAAGGGCUAAAGAACUGAAUGAAGAAGUUUAUAACUUUUUGAAAACUGCCAGUGCAAGAUAUGGGGUUGGUUUUUGGCACCCUGGAUCUGGAAUUAUUCAUCAAAUUAUCCUGGAAAACUAUGCUUUUCCUGGAUUAUUGAUGGUUGGUACCGACUCCCAUACACCUAAUGGCGGUGGACUUGGUGGCUUGUGUAUUGGAGUUGGCGGUGCGGACGCUGUUGAUGUGAUGGCGGAUAUUCCUUGGGAACUAAAAUGUCCUAAAGUCAUUGGUGUUCGUCUAACAGGAAAGAUGACUGGUUGGACUACACCAAAAGAUGUGAUCCUUAAAGUUGCUGAUAUUUUGACCGUCAAAGGAGGUACCGGUGCUGUAAUUGAAUAUCACGGACCUGGAGUAGAUAAUAUAUCAUGCACAGGUAUGGGUACUAUCUGUAAUAUGGGUGCGGAAAUUGGAGCUACUACUUCAUUGUUCCCUUUUAAUCACCGAAUGGCGGAUUAUUUAAAAGCUACAUCUCGUGCUGAUAUUGCUGAAGAAGCAGCUAAGUAUAGUAAGCCAUUAUUGACUCCCGAUAAUGGCUGUCAGUAUGACCAGUUAAUUGAACUUGAUUUAACAACAUUGGAACCUCAUGUCAAUGGACCUUUCACACCUGAUCUUGCCCAUCCUAUUUCAAAGUUAGGAAAUAAUGCCAAGAAAAGCGAUUGGCCAGUAGAAAUCAAAGUUGGUCUUAUUGGAAGCUGCACCAACUCAAGCUAUGAGGAUAUGGCAAGAUGUGCCACUAUAGCCAAGGAAGCCUUAGAUCAUGGACGUAAAUCAAAAAUUCCAUUUAAUGUUACUCCUGGGUCUGAACAAAUUAGGGCAACAAUUGAAAGAGAUGGAAUUGCACAAACAUUGAGAGAAUUUGGCGGUACUGUAUUAGCUAAUGCAUGUGGUCCGUGUAUUGGUCAAUGGGACCGCAAAGAUGUUAAAAAAGGUGAAAAAAACACCAUUGUAAGUUCAUAUAACAGAAACUUUACUGGACGUAAUGAUGCCAAUGCAGCAACUCAUGCCUUUGUCACUUCUCCAGAGCUAGUUACUGCUUUAGCCAUUGAAGGUCGUUUGGACUUUGAUCCUACAAAAGAUUCGAUCAAGGGUGCUGAUGGUAAAGAAUUUAAAUUAAGUAAUCCUUUCGGUGACGAAUUACCCGCAAAAGGAUUUGAUCCAGGUCAAGAUACUUACCAAGCUCCACCUGCUGAUGGAUCAGCUGUUAGUGCAGUAGUAGACCCUAAAUCCAAUCGUCUUCAAUUAUUGGAACCAUUUAAACCUUGGGAUGGAAAAGAUUUGGUAGAUCUUACUAUACUUAUUAAAGUGAAAGGAAAAUGUACAACGGAUCAUAUUUCUGCGGCCGGCCCAUGGUUGAAAUAUCGAGGUCAUUUAGAUAAUAUAUCAAAUAACAUGUUCCUAACUGCAACCAAUGCAGAUAAUAAUGAAAUGAAUAAGGUAAAAAAUCAAUGUACUGGAGAAUGGGGUUCAGUACCAGACACAGCCAGAGCAUACAAAGCUGAAGGUAUAUCAUGGGUAGUGUUUGGUGAUGAAAACUACGGCGAAGGAAGUAGCAGAGAACAUGCUGCUUUAGAACCACGUCAUUUGGGAGGACUCGCGAUCAUUGUCAAAUCUUUUGCCCGUAUUCAUGAAACCAAUUUGAAGAAACAAGGAUUAUUAGCUCUGACAUUUGACGAUACUAAGGAUUACGAUAAAGUUCAACCAGAUGACAAAGUGUCUUUGGUUGGACUUGACGAAUUUACUCCUGGCAAGCCUUUGACUUGCAUAUUACGGCACAAUGAUGGAACUUGUGAAGAGAUAUUACUAAAUCAUACUUUCAACACACAGCAGAUACAAUGGUUUAAAUCUGGAAGUGCAUUAAACCGAAUGAAGCAACUAGCCGCUACUAUGGGCAAUCCGUAGUACAGGAUCCUCCGAAACUUAGGUUAAGUUUACUCAAAAUUACUCAAUAUAUGCAACCCAGGUAACACAUAUUAACCUAACUGAAUCACAACCGACGUCAGACCCCACACGUGACCGAUAUAUAUUUUACCCCUUCACCAUAAAAUACAUUAACCUCACCAUUACACCCGCCUUUGAAGAGAAAUAAUAUACAUAAUAUUCUGAUGCACAUUUGUAUCGACUAAAUCAGACACUUGGCCGACAUAUAUUUUUACCCAGUCCAAUCAAUUCUAUUAUCACCCCUUUUAUUUAAACACUCACACCCGCACACAACAUAUAUACUAUCACAUACAUACAACAUAAGUAGGGUUAGGUUAGGUUUUUCGGUCCCCAUGUUGCGAUGCCACAAAAAAAAAGGUUAGGUUACAUCACACGUAUAACAAUCAAACAUAUUUACUAUUAUACAGUUAUCACAUUGGUAUUAUAAUUAUUUACGAAUAAGCGCCUCGUUAAAGCAUACGUUAUACAAAGGACUGUAUCACACACACUCACUACAAUUUACAUAGUAUUUUAUUCUUAUAUAUCAAUAAAACACAUCGUUAGCAUACCAAAAAUCACGUAUUCAUACAAUUAUACAAAUACAUAUAAAUCAGGGGCGUACCCUUGGGGGUGAGGGGGGGUCGGAUCUUUAAGGUCAAUCGUUGUAAUGGUUUCCCCAAGAUUAAAGGUAUUGGUAGUAGCAGUCCGUUGCUUUUACCCAGAGGGUUUUUGGAAAGUUGACACGAUGUGCAUGUUUUUAUAAAUGAAUAAGUAUUUUGUAUGUAUAAUGGUUGGCCAAUAAUAUUUUUCUUUUAAUUUUAAUAACGUUUUUGUAAUACCUAAGUGUGCUGAAAAAACGGAUUAGUGAGAGGACUUCAAAAUAGUAUUUACCAAAUUAGUUGGAAUAACUAAUAAAUAUUUUAUACCAUAUGGUGAUCAAUUUUUUAAGUAUAGUAGUUUGUCCUUAAUAAUACAUUUUCUUGAUUUUUUAUAGUGUUUAUUUUUGUAUCUUCUGAUAAAGAUGAAAUUAUAUUUUGUUGUAUAUUGUAGACAGUCGCCCAAAAAUUAUUAUUUAAUACGUAUAAAAGAAUAAUACAAUAAAAAUACAAAAUAAAAUUAUUAACACGGGAGAGGCCAGUGAAGCUAAAUGUACUGAGGCAACAAGAAAAUUUUUAUAUAAGACCGCCGUACGCACAGGCACGGGGAGUCCCGCUGUCGCUGAGUGAGUUGGCGAGAGCGUAGGUACAACGAUCGUGCGUGUGAAGCAACGAUUGUAGUACGGGCUGAGUGAUAUAGUAUUUUUGAUUGUUUUUAUUUUGUGUUUGUUUAAAGUUAAUAAAAAGUGUUCCCGACCAGAACAACACGAGUUGAAUAUCAUUUAAGUCGUCUUUGCGUUCUUACCUUUAUAUAGGAAACAGUGCCGGGAUAUACGUACCACGGGUAUAUGUAAUCUUCGAGCUUUUUCCACCAUAAAGGAGCGUAGAAUCGACAAGCGCACGCCAUCGUACCUUACUAGUUAACAGUGCCAUUCUAAUUUAUUUUAGAGAGUGUCAUUAACUAAAGAGUACGGAGGUAAGGCGUAGUUGAUUUACGGCAAAACCAUCGUACCUCACAAGUUAACAGUGCCAUUCUUAUUUAUUUUAGAGAGUGUCAUUAACUAGAGGAUCGAGGGUAAGACGUACCUAGUUGGUUAUACCGUGUAUACUGAAAUACGGGUAUACUACAAUUUUUACAAUAUUUGUCUUUUGACUGUAAAGUUUUCACUGUAUCAGGUUGUAUCGUGUCGAAAUCGGUUUUGUUAGUAGUUUCUUUGUCAGUGAGAACUUUACAGUCAAAAGACAAAUAUUGUAAAAAUAUAAUUUCAUCUUUAUCAGAUAAUACAAAAAAUAAAUACUAUAAAAAAUCAAGAAAAUAUAUUAUUAAGGACAAACUACUAUACUUAAAAAAUUGAUCACCAUAUGGCAUAAAGUAUUUAUUAGUUAUUCCAACUAAUUUGGUAAAUACUAUUUUGAAGUCCUCUCACUAAUCCGUUUUUUCAGCACACUUAGGUAUUACAAAAACGUUAUUAAAAUUAAAAGAAAAAUAUUAUUGGCCAACCAUUAUACAUACAAAAUACUUAUUCAUUUAUAAAAACAUACACAUCGUGUCAACUUUCCAAAAAACCUCUGGAUAAAAGCAACGGACUGCUACUACCAAUACUUUUAAUCUUGGGGAAACCAUUACAACGAUUGACCUUAAAGAUCCGACCCCCCCUCAC